GGAGGUCGGCACCCGAACACCCGAGCUUCCAAAGGCUGGCUUGUGAGCCUCUGGCCGCCUUUCUAGUCUGAGUUUGCACAGCCAGGUACCCUGGACAGUAACUAAACAAAAGCCCGACCCCAAACCCUGCCACCAUCGUAGGAUUGGAGCUCCUUGACCAGUGAUUGAAUCCCAGCCCUCGGCAGUGAAAGCAGAGUGUUCUAACUACUGGGCCUUCAGGGAGUUCCCUAGGUGUCUGUAAUUAUUCUGGAAUCAGUAAACCAUGGCAUCAAAGAAAUUUGCUGUUAAAUGUGGGAACUUGGCUGUCCUGGUGGAUCUUCAUGUAUUGCCGCAAGGUUCAAGCAAAGAUACUAGCUGGUUUUCUCAACAGAAGAAAGAGGAAGUCUGUUUACUGUUAAAAGAAACCAUCGAUUCACGAGUGAAGGAGUACUUGCAAGUUCGUAAACAGCACAGGCCAUCAGAUACAGAAUUCACAAGAUCCAAUCCCUUGUCCUUAAAAGGUUACGGCUUUCACAUCACAGCCUAUUUCCUCAAAAGAGGAAUACGUCUCCGCUGCCUGAGGGGCUCACCAAGGACAGAACUCCAAGUGUUUCCCGACAGGUUUGUGGUCUGCGUAAGUCAGCUUGCGUUCAGUCGUGAUCUUUUGGCAAGUCAGAGUGAAGAUUUGCAGCCGGGACGAGCUCUCCACGGAGUGACAGGGGAUCGUACUGGGUGUGUGGAACAACUACUUCCUCCCGGGGCAGAGCCCAAGAGAAACGUUCUGCAAGAAAUUGUGAACAGAACUGAGACAAAAAGCAGCGCCGUGAGCGGAUCUCGGAGCAACGGGCCCAGUGUGGGAGCAUCCAGUGACUCCGUGGCUGCAGAGGGAGCGUGGAGGAGGGGGUGCCGGCCAGCCUCAUCCAGCCCCCCGGCCGUGGGACAGGCAGAGGAUGACAGGAAGGCGUCUGAGACCCACCAGCGGCUUCCUGCUCUGAAGCUGGAGAAAGGUCAUCAGGCCUGGCCAGGAGCAGCAGAAACCUCAUCCCAGGGUGCGGUUGCAGACCGGGCUUCUAAGCAGGAGCCUUGUCUGUGGCUGUGAGUCAGCAUUCCCCAGUCCAAAGCAGAGUCCACGAGGGGCCGGAGCACCGCAGAAACGCAGGAAGCGCAACCCUGCGGGAGACGCCAACCACCACAAGAGAGUUUCUCUUGGAAGUGAUCGAUUAGCCCCAAGGGAAAUAAU